AUGAGGCUGAACGGGAGAUCGGCGGCUCGCCAUAGCCAUGCCUUCUCAUUCCCAAUGAUCGUCGCGUUGAUCGCUUUGAUCUUCGCAGGAUGUGUAUCGGCGGACCGUCCUCAUCAUCGACACGCAAGUCUUCAUCUCAAGGACCGGGUUGCGAAUCCAACGAGCGCGCACGAUGCUGCGACUAUGAUUGAGAACGCACUCGCAGUUCUAGCUGAAGUCAAUAAGGAUCGGAUCACCAAUCCCAACUUUAACAAACAGACAUUCGACAAGCCCAAGAGCGUGAAGAAAGAUGCCGUGUCAUCUGCCUCGCCUCUGGACUAUAGUCCCAAGGCAGUCGAGAGUGUUCGUCUCAGGCGUCGUGGUGAGCCCAGUGCCACCACUGCCAGUGGGAACAAGGCAUACUCUAUUCCCACUGAGCUGGCCAGGGCAGCCCGGAUUGUUGCCGAGUCGACCUCAAACAAACCGACGGGGAAUCACAGUCAAGUUGCCGCUGAGAUUCGCGAAAAGUACGGGAAGGGGCGUAGGGAAUCCAAUACCCCACACCAAGCGCUGGUCCAUACCAAUGGUCUUUACGACUACUUGUCAACUGGUACCAGUGAUGACAUUGUUAUGGGAAAUGAGACUUCCCCGCGAAAGAUCCAGAAGCGCGCCACCCCUUCAGAGUACUGGAUGAAUACAAUGGACCAGAAUGGACUCAGCCCAUUUGCUCCCAGUGGCUACAAGGUGUGGAGAAACGUCCGCGACUACGGCGCUGUUGGCGAUGGAGUCACGGAUGACACCGAAGCGAUCAAUCGAGCCAUCUCGGACGGAGGACGCUGCGGUGCCAACUGUGGGUCGAGUACCAUCUAUCCUGCAGUGGUCUGGUUCCCGGCUGGGACUUACCUGGUUAGCACAUCGAUUAUCCAGUACUAUAACACCCAAUUUUUGGGAGACCCACUCAAUGUUCCAACCAUCCUGGCUGCAUCAAGCUUUGUAGGCCUAGGCGUCAUUACCUCCGACGUUUACGUGAGUGAUAAUGAGGAAUGGUAUGUGAACCAGAACAACUUCUUGCGCAGCAUCAAGAACUUCAAGAUCGAUAUUCGGCCGACCGAUCCAUCAGCCUAUAUAUGUGCUAUUCACUGGCAAGUUGCUCAAGGCACAUCCCUGGAAAAUAUUGAGUUUUACAUGUUGUAUAACUCCGAUGUUCCCACAAACACACAGCAGGGAAUCUAUAUGGAAAACGGCUCUGGGGGUUUCCUGGCUGAUCUGACAUUCGUGGGAGGAAAUUUCGGAGCAUACUUUGGAAACCAGCAGUUCACCUCGAGUCAACUGGUUUUCGUGAAUUGUCAUACAGCGCUACAGGUGCACUGGGACUGGGCGUGGACUAUGCAGGAUUAUGUUAUUGAAUCCUGCACGAACGGUCUGACUAUUGUUGGCGGAGCCGGGGGUGCGAUGAGUAACGGACAAGGCGUUGGUUCUGUCGUUUUGACCGAUGCCAUUAUUGCCAACACGCCCAAUGGUAUCGUCACCUCGCUUUACGCAGAGAAUUCUACCUCUUUGCUCCUGCAGAAUGUGGGAUUCUUCAAUGUUGAAACUGCCAUUGUUGAUUCAGUCAAGAACAAAGUUCUUCUGGCUGGUGGUAACGAAGUUCUUAAGGACUCCUGGGGCUUUGGCAUGAUAAACGACGCAGCUGGUGUCGGAUCAUUUGCUGACGGUGAGGACAUUCCAGCCAUUCUCCGGCCGGAUGUCUUAUUAGGCAGCCAGGCUUAUGUCAAGUCCAAUCUGUUCACUCGCCGGCGUCCUCAAUAUGAGAACCUCACCGCCGAUCAAGUUGUCAAUGUUAAGAAUUUUGGGGCCAAGGGUGACGGAAGCACAGAUGAUACCGCAAUUCUCAAUUACGUGCUCUCCUACGCUGCCAAUCUGUCUUCUGUUGUGUACAUUCCUUUUGGAGUAUACAAAAUCCAGGACACCUUGCAUAUCCCGCUUGGUUCUCGCAUUGUGGGACAGGCUUGGUCUCAAAUCAUGGCGGCGGGCGAUAAGUUCGCAGAUGUGGAUAAUCCGCGGGUUGCCGUCAAGGUCGGUGACUCUGGCGACGUUGGUAUCGUAGAGAUACAGGAUCUGCUUUUUACCGUGUCUGGCCCUACUGCGGGUGCUAUCCUUGUGGAAUGGAAUGUCGAGCAAUCUGUCAAAGGCUCUGCUGCUAUGUGGGAUUCGCACAUUCGCAUUGGCGGUGCAAUCGGGUCCAAGCUGCAAAAUGCACAAUGCCCUAAGAAGACAGGAAAGGUUAACUCGGAUUGCAUUGCAGCAUCUCUUUUACUACAUCUUACUUCGUCCUCGACUGCUUAUCUCGAGAACAUUUGGGUCUGGGUGGCCGACCAUGAUCUAGACGUUGCUUCACAAGAUCAAAUUGAUGUGUAUGCAGCCCGGGGUAUUCUGAUCGAGAGCCAAUUGGCUUGGCUGUAUGGAACGGCGUCGGAGCACAGCGCACUGUACCAGUACCAGCUUUCUGGGGCGCAGAACAUCCUUUUGGCAAUGAUCCAAACAGAGUCGCCUUACUAUCAACCUGUGCCUAAAGCUCCUAAGCCAUUUACCCCUGGCACCUUUGCCAACGACCCUCGGUUCGAGGAAUGCGAGGCCGACUCAGUCAAUUGUGCGGUAUCGUGGGCAGUUCGAAUUAUCGACUCCUCUUCCGUUUGGAUUCUAGGAAGUGGUCUGUACAGUUGGUUCUCGGAUUACGCUCAGGACUGCCUUGAAACUGAAAACUGCCAGCUGCGAGGCUUUGAAAUCGAGCAAAGUGUCGACAUCUGGAUUUACAACCUCUGCACUAAGGCUAUCGUGGAAAUGGUUACUCCUUUCCAGGGAAUUCCUACCUAUGCCAAGGAUAACGUCAAUGGGUUCCUGUCCUCCAUCCUGGUCUGGCUUGGUGGUGCGAAUCAGACGGCAGGUGGGCGCGAGUUCCCUGGAUUCAGUAUCUACAGCUCUUCUACACUUGAAGCUGCUGAUUUUCCACUCAGCUGCAAAACAGCCCUGACGGAUCUCAUCAAGUGUGAUCCGUACAUGAGCACUAUGAUGAUGGCUACCUAUCACGGUUCUCUGAAUAAUGAUACACUUACUGAGUCCCUAUGUGAUCCCAGCUGCGGCACGAGCCUUCAACAGUGGUUCAGCUCGGUGCAGCACAACUGUGCUGGUUAUAAUAUCAGUGGAUCACCGCCGGGGCUGUAUGGAGGACGCAUGUGGGCUGCUUAUAAUGAGACGUGCAGCAAAGACAAGGAUACGGGAAAGUAUUGCAACGAUGUUAUCGAUGGUUUCACCUUGGUUCCCAAUACCGAGGCCAUGCCUAAAGAUGAGAUUUGCUCAUACUGUUACACCGAACGUCUGCAGAUGAUGCAGCGUACGCCCUACUCAAUGUACGACGAUUAUUACCAGACGGUUCUGGAGACAAUCAACAAACGCUGCGGGCUGAAUGCACCAACGACAAUUCUUGAAAUCCCUUACAAUGACCCGGAGAAAGAAACUACUUUCUGUUUGUCGGGCACCAUGUAUACCACAGUCAAGGGGGAUACCUGCACCUCCAUUGCAGAAGCCAACAGUCUUUCCUCCGCCGCACUGUACAUGAGCAAUCAAGACCUCAUCCUCGAGUGCUCAUCCCUCUCUGCCGGGCUGGAAUUAUGUCUCCCGCUCUCUUGUGAGAAAACGUACUCCAUCCAGCCGACCGACAAUUGCACCGAUAUUGAGUUUGCGUACUCUCUGAAAACCGGGGAUGUACGUAAAUACAACCCCUGGGUCUCCUACGACUGCGGGAACCUGCAGGUCGCAAGCAAGAUCUACGGCACGAAUAUCUGCCUCACGCCGCAAGGAGGCCAACAUAAUAGCAGUAGCGCUACAAGCGGCUCAACUGGUCCCUCUGGCUCGGAUGGAUACGUCUACAGUCCGGUGGCUCCGCCUGUCAAUGCAACUCUGGCGGCCGGGACGACUGCGAACUGUGGGAAAUGGCACGAGGCCGCGCCUGGCGAUAGUUGCGUGGGGAUCUGUGGGCGAUACAGCAUCACUCACGCUGUUUUUGUCAUGGUGAAUCCCUCGUUGGAUUCGGCCAGCUGCUCGUCCAGUCUGCAGGCCGGCAAGACGUACUGCGUGGGGCCGACCUACACAUGGAAUCAAGCCAGUACGAGUGAGAGCAGCGCCCUUCCUUCGGCUACUGCUGGAGCUCGAAAUUAG